AUGGCGGCGCCUGGCCAACCCAGUCCCCAGCAGAUGGCGCAGAUGGCUGCCAUGCAACAACAGUUCGCCGCCGAAGCCGCAAAACGAGGACUGACUCCAGAGCAAUUCGCACAGCAGCAGCGCGAGCAGUUGACAGCUGACGCUGCCAAGCUUGGUCUCACCCCGGAACAAUACGUCGCGCAGUUGCGGAUGCGGGCAAUGCAGGCGCAUCAGAAACAAAUGGAGGCCCAGCGUCAGGGUCAAGGAUCCCCACAGCCUGGACAGGCACAGCAACCCCAGCAGCAACAGCAGCAGCAGCCCGGACAACAAGGUCAACAAGGACAGCCACAAGCUCAGCAGCAGCCUCAACCACAACAGCAGACACAUCAAGUUCCUGUCCAGCCAGGACAGCCGGCUGACCCCAAAGCUCUGGCCGUAGCUCACUUCCUGCGAUCGCAGAGCCUGAAGCCACGGACUUGCAUCUUGGAUGGCCAGCGCAAGGAUAUGUUCAAGGUCAAGCGAGCCAUUCGAGCCAUCGAGUCCCCCGCCUACGCCAAAGCCGCCGCAAAGAAGAACUCUCUCCUUCCACCUGUGACGGACCGCGCCUCUGCCGAGAACGUCUUCAAGCUCCUGCCCCUCUCCCUACUGGCUCUGCGCGUGAGCAAGGUGGACCCGCACGAGGGACACAACCAUGCCAAACCCAAGAACCGAGUCAAGGGCCUGUGGACCGUGAAGAUCGAGCAACAUCAAGAGACUGAUCCUAUGAUGCACUACGUCUGGCUGUACGAGGGCCCCCAGUGGAAGCAGAAGGCGAUGGCCGCUGCGGUCGUGGCGGGUAUCUUCGCCGUUGUGCUGUUCCCCUUGUGGCCAGUUAUGCUGCGCCAGGGUGUGUGGUAUUUGAGUGUGGGCAUGAUGGGCCUACUUGGUCUAUUCUUUGCCAUGUCAAUCUUCCGAUUGAUCCUGUUCUGUAUCACCGUUUUUGCGGUGCCGCCCGGUCUCUGGUUGUUCCCCAAUUUGUUCGAGGAUGUUGGUUUCUUUGACAGUUUCAAGCCAUUGUGGGGUUGGCAGGAGAGCAAGAAGAAGAAAGGAAAGAAGUCCAAGACCCCUGCUGUUGCGGCCACAUCUCAAGAGGCCACCCCAUCAGCAACCACAACUUCCGCAGAGCCCGCAUCCACGCCUAUCGCGACCCCUGUGAAGCGAGACCUGACCGCACGAGUCGAAGAGGUGGAAGAGUAA